AUGUGGAAAUGGGAAUUGACGAAGGGUGCCUCUGCCUGCUCUCACCUGCCCCUGCUCCCCCUCGUGCUGGCGCUGCUGGUGUCCCUGCUGCCCGGCGCCUGCUGCAAUGCCCAUCCGCCCCGCGGCACCAACUCCUCCGCCCCGCUCGAGGGCCGGCACCGUCCGCCCCGCGGCACCAACUCCUCCGCCGCGCUGGUGGGCCGGCACGUGCGCAGCUACAACCACCUCCAGGGCGACGUGCGGCGGAGGAAGCUCUUCUCCUUCCAGAAGUUCUUUCUCAGGAUCGAUACAAACGGCAGAGUCAAUGGCACCAAGAGCAGAGACGACCCCACUAGUGUGCUGGAGAUUAAGUCGGUGGCUGUGGGGAUCGUGGCUAUCAGGGGCCUCAGCAGCAACUAUUACCUGGCUAUCAGCAAGAGAGGGGAGGUGUAUGGAGCGAAAGACUAUGGCAUUGACUGCAUGUUGAAGGAGAGGAUUGAGGAGAACGGGUACAACACCUACGCGUCUUCAGAGUGGAGGAACGGGAGGAAGCAGAUGUUUGUGGGGCUGAGCGUCAAAGGCAGACCACUGAGAGGGAAGAAGACACGGCGGAAACACAACGCCACACACUUCCUCCCCAUCAUGGUGUAG